CCCAGCCGCCGCGGUUUCCGCGUGUGGUCCCGCACCUGCUGCCCUUGCCCGGCCUGGGGCGCCCCUGCCAUGCCGCUGGCGCUGCUCUGGGCCCUGGGGCUUCUGGGCGCGGGCAGCCCUCGGCCCUCCCCGCCUCUCCCAAAUAUAGGUGGCACUGAGGAGCAGCAGACCAGACCAGAGAAGGCCCUGAGUGGGCCCUUGGAGCACCAGGCCCUUCAGGACAAGCCCCCUAUCAGCCUAGCAGAGGUGCUUCAGACAAGUCCACCUGAGUCCUUAAGGAUCAAAUUGGAGCUGGAUGGUGAGAGUCAUAUCCUGGAGCUGCUACAGAAUAGGGAUUUGGUCCCAGGCCGCCCAACCCUAGUGUGGUACCAGCCCAAUGGCACUCAGGUGGUCAGUGAGGGACACACUCUGGAAAGCUGCUGCUACCAGGGAGGAGUGUGGGGCCACGUGGGCUCCUGGGUCACCAUCUGCACUUGCUCUGGGCUUAGGGGGUUGGUGGUCCUGUCCCCAGAGAGAAGCUAUGCCCUGGAGCUGGGGCCUGGGGACCUUCAGGGUCCUCCCAUUAUCUACCGCAUCCAAGACCUCCUCCUGCCAGGCCACUCCUGUGCCCUAAGCCAGCGUGCACCUAUGCCCACUCAGGCUCCAUCAGACCUCCCCCUGGGACAGCAUCACAUUCGCCGGAAGCGGGAUGUGGUAACAGAGACCAAGAUCGUGGAGCUGGUGAUUGUGGCUGAUCAUUCAGAGGUCAGGAGGUACCCUAACUUCCAGCGCCUGCUGAACCGCACUCUAGAAGUGGCCCUCCUGCUGGACACAUUCUUCCGGCCCUUGAAUGUUCGGGUGGCAUUAGUGGGUGUAGAGGCCUGGACCCAGCACGACCUGGUGGAGAUAAGCUCGAACCCAGCCAUCACUCUAGAAAACUUCCUCCACUGGCGUCGGGCAGACUUGCUGCCUCGAUUGCCCCAUGACAGUGCCCAGCUGGUGACUGGUACUUCCUUCUUUGGGCCUAUGGUGGGCAUGACCAUUCAGAACUCCAUCUGUUUCCCUGACUUCUCAGGAGGUGUGAACAUGGACCACUCCACAAGCAUCCUGGGAGUUGCCUCAUCUAUAGCCCAUGAGUUGGGCCACAGCCUGGGCCUGGACCAUGAUUCACCUGGGAGUGGCUGCCCAUGUCCAGGUCCAGCCCCAGCCAAGAGCUGCAUCAUGGAGGCCUCCACAGACUUCCUGCCAGGCCUGAACUUCAGCAACUGCAGCCGACAGGCUCUGGAGAAAGCCCUCCUGGACGGGAUGGGCAGCUGCCUCUUUGAACGGCUGCCCAGCCUACGCCCUAUGUCCACUUUGUGUGGAAAUAUGUUUGUGGACCCUGGCGAGCAGUGUGACUGUGGCUUUCCUGAUGACUGCACUGAUCCCUGCUGUGAUUCCUUCACCUGCCAGCUGAGGCCAGGGGCACAGUGUGCAUCUGACGGACCCUGUUGUCAAAAUUGCCAGCUGCGCCCUGUUGGCUGGCAGUGCCGCCCUUCCAGAGGUGACUGUGACCUGCCUGAGUUCUGCUCAGGAGACAGCUCCCAAUGCCCCCCUGACAUAAGCCUAGGGGACGGUGAGCCCUGCGCUGAUGGACAGGCUGUAUGCGUGCAUGGACGCUGUGCCUCCUAUGCCCAGCAGUGCCAGUCACUCUGGGGACCUGGAGCCCAGCCUGCUGCACCACUUUGUAUCCACACAGCCAACACUCGGGGCAAUGUCUUUGGGAACUGCGGGCGCAGCCCCAACGGCAGCUACGUGCCCUGCGCCCCUACAGAUGCAAUCUGUGGGCAGCUGCAGUGCCGUAGUAGGAUGCAGCCUUUGCUGGGUUCAGCCCGAGAUCUGCUCUGGGAAAGCCUAGAAGCCAACGGGACACAGCUGAACUGUAGUUGGGUGCACCUGGAUCUAGGCAAUGAUGUGGUUCAGCCUCUCCUGGCUCUGCCUGGCACUGCCUGUGGCCCUGGCCUGGUGUGCAUCGACCAGAGAUGCCAGCCCAUGGAUCUCCUGGGAGCACAGGAAUGUCGAAGCAAAUGCCACGGUCAUGGGGUCUGUGACAGCAACAGGCACUGCCACUGUGAGGAGGGCUGGGCACCCCCUGACUGCAUCAACCAGCUCCAAGCAACCAGCUCCCUGACCACAGGCCUGCUCCUCAGCCUCCUGCUGUUGCUGGUUCUAGUGCUACUUGGUGCCAGCUACUGGCACCGUGCCCGCCUGCACCAGCGACUCUGCCAACUCAAGGGAUCCAGCUGCCAAUACAGGGCAGCCCAAUCUGGUCCCCCUGAACGGCCAGGACCCCCACAGAGGGCCCAGCUGAUGCCAAGCACUAAGCAGACUAGUGCUCUUGGCUUCCCGGCUCCCCCCUGCAGGCCGCUGCCACCUGACCCUGUGCCCAAGAGACUCCAGGCUGAGCUGGCUGACCGACCCAAUCCCCCCACCCGCCCUCUGCCCGCUGACCCAGUGGUGAGGCACCUGAAGUCUCAGGGGCCUGGGAAGCCCCCACCCCCAAGGAAGCCACUGCCUGCCGACCCCCAGGGCCGGUGCCCGCCAGGUGACCUGCCUGCCCCAGGAGCUGGAAACAUACCGCUGGUGGUACCCUCCAGGCCAGCACCCCCACCCCCAGUAUCAUCCUCGCUCUACCUCUGACCUCUCCUGAGGUUUUGAUGCCUCCAGCCAGGAUUUAGGACUUAAAGAAGCAGAAUCCCCGCUGGAGUCCCCCAAGAAGGAGUGGGAGCCAGAGCCUCAACCCUGCAGUGCCCAAUCAUAAGGAACCAGGCACCGUGAGGCGCUGUCAAGCAGCUUCCUUGGGAUCCGCCAGCAUAGCUGCAGCCAGCGUUGGGGAGAGGCUGGGCAGAGGGAGGUACACAGCCUGUCUCUGCUUGGCUGCAAAUAAACAUGAGAUC